GCUUUGUUUGCAGUAAGUUUCUAUAUCAUACAAAGUUAUGUUUAAAUUAAUGACCAAUUUAUAACUACAUCAGCCAUUCGGUGAGGUAAAGAAAGUUACAACAUGAAGUGAAUUUACUGUACCACUAGAUGACACUAGUGGAUAAGAGGAGCAAGCCGACAGAGGACAAUUUGAAGUACUGUAUAGUUAUGAGACUGGAGAAGGAAGGACCGCUCGAAGCUUCACUCCCCCUUUUCUUUUCUGUGCACAUCUGUUGCUGAGGAGAUGGAAGUCUUGAUUCCAGACUUCAUUGCUUCACAGCAUGGGAUGUCCAGGCGUUGGUGCAGGCGGGUCCUGCUUGGCGUGGAAGUUGGCAUUGUGGUGGCUGUGGUGGUGCUUGUGGUCGGUGCUGCAGGACAGGACCACGGCGGGAGAGAAGCCGGGUCGUCUUGCUAUGGGGGAUUUGACCUUUUCUUUGUGUUGGACAAAUCUGGCAGUGUGCAACAUUACUGGAAUGAAAUCUAUUAUUUUGUGGAACUCCUGGCUCAAAGGUUUAUCAGUCCUCAGCUGAGGAUGUCUUUCAUCGUCUUUUCAACAGAAGGACGAAUAGUGAUGCCGCUAACAGAAGACAGAGAGCAAAUACGAGCCGGGUUGGCCGAGCUGCGAAUGGUCCACCCAGGUGGCGACACCUACAUGCACAAAGGCUUGGAAAAAGCCAGUCAGCAAAUUUACUAUGCGACAGGCGAUGGCUACCGGACUGCCAGCGUCAUCAUCGCCUUGACAGAUGGAGAACUGAGAGAAAAUCAAUUUGAUCUGGCUCAAAUUGAGGCCGGCCGAGCGCGACAGUUGGGGGCCACCGUCUACUGUGUGGGAGUGAAAGACUUCAAUGAAACCCAGCUGUCAACCAUCGCCAACAGCCAGGACCACGUCUUCCCCGUGACGGAGGGAUUUCACACCCUGCAAGGGGUCAUUGACUCGAUUCUGAAGAGGUCAUGCAUUGAGAUUCUGGCCGUCGAGCCGUCUAGCAUCUGUGCAGGAGAAUCAUUCCAGGUGGUAAUCAGAGGAAAUGGUUUCUUGCACGCUGGUGAUGUGCAGAAAGUCCUCUGCAGCUUCCGCAUCAACGACACAGUGACUUUUAUGAAAAGGCCUUUGGUGGUGAAAGACACCUACCUUCUGUGCCCGGCUCCCGUUUUGGAAAAGGAGGGAAUGGCCGCCACGCUCCACGUCAGCAUGAACAACGGCCUGAGUUUCAUAUCCAGCUCCGUCACCAUCACUGCUGUCACUUGUUCUGAUGGGACCUAUGUGGCGAUUGCUCUGCUCAUCCUGCUGCUCCUGCUCAUCUUUGCUCUGCUGUGGUGGUUCUGGCCUCUCUGCUGCACCGUGGUCAUUCAUGAGCCACCACCACCACCACCGAUAGAGGACGACUUCUCAGACGACGAGGAUGACUUUCACAAGAAGAGAUGGCCCACAGUGGACGCCUCGUAUUACGGAGGCCGUGGCGUUGGAGGCAUCAAAAGAAUGGAGGUGCGCUGGGGUGACAGAGGCUCCACCGAGGAAGGAGCCAAGCUGGAAAAAGCAAAGAACGCUCGGGUGGUGAUGCCCGAAGACGAACCCGAUCUGCCGCCUUCAUCGCGGCUGCACUACCACGUGCGAAAACCCGCCCACCCUCACAAGUGGUACUCCCCCAUCAAGGGCAAACUGGACGCUCUGUGGGUUUUCCUGAGACGAGGCUAUGACCGAGUGUCAAUCAUGCGACCUCAUCCUGGAGACAAGGGAAAGUGCAUCAACUUCACCCGGACUAAGUCCUACCCGGCCCCUCGCUACCCCAUCUACAAGCACCCCUCCACGCCCAUCUACACCCUGCCCCACGGCGGGCAGUGCCCCACCUCGGACGACGCCUUCUCCUUGCCGCCGUCGCCCACCUCCACGCUGCCUCCGUUGCCGCGCACACCCCCGCCGCCCCUCAACAACGCCAGGCGCCUCUCCGCGCCCCCGUCGCCCACCGACUCCCUGCCGCCCCCGCCGCAGGGCCCGCCUCCUUGCAGAGCCCCGCCACCCUCCCGCCCACCGCCACGCCCCAAUCAGGACGACUACUGAUCCUAAAGAACUCCUGAACAGUUAAGUUGGAUUCUUUUUUUUUUGUUUGUUUGUUUUAAAUAGGGGCUGAUGUGCAAUGAACUUCCUUCCACGUGCGAUGCUUGCAUAACUUCGCCGUCCAAUGAAAAGCAACUAAUAGCAGGUCCAAUCAGAAUAAUGGAAGAAUCUGUUCCAGUGUCAAAACUACAAACCGCCUUAUACUGUAAAGCACAUUUUGACUGGCAUGCAAGUGUAACAAAGUCCUUAAAUCCUUCAUCAUACCAACAUAAGGUCUCAUUUUUUAACCUUCACGUCACAAAAGUGUCAAAAGAAAUUCCCCACUGUACUGGUAGUAUGUCAAAACCUCCAUUAAAUACCACCGUUUCGGACUAUAAGUCGCAGUUUUUUUCAUAGUUUGGCCGGGGGUGCGACUUAUACUCAGGAGCGACUUAUGUGUGAAAUUAUUAACACAUUACCGUAAAAUAUCAAAUAAUAUUAUUUAGCUCAUUCACGUAAGAGACUAGACGUGUUAAGAUUUCAUGGGAUUUAGCGAUUAGGAGUGACAGAUUGUUUGGUAAACGUAUAGCAUGUUCUAUAUGUUAUAGUUAUUUGAAUGACUCUUACCAUAAUAUGUUACGUUAACAUACCAGGCACCUUCUCAGUUGGUUAUUUAUGCCUCAUAUAACGUACACUUAUUCAGGCUGUUGUUCACUAUUCUUUAUUUAUUUUAAAUUGCCUUUCAAAUGUCUAUUCUUGGUGUUGGCUUUU